UUCCUCUCGGGGCGGCGGCGGUGGCGGAAGUGGGAGCGGGGCCGGAGUCUUGGCCAUAAAGCCAGAGGCGGCGGCAGCGGCGGCGUUGGAGGCUGAGAGACAGCGCCCAGGAGUCCCCUGGCACCGGAAUUUGGACUUCUGUGUCCCCUGCCCUCUGUUGCGUCUCCUCCUCGGCGGGAGCCCUCGCGACGCGCCCGGCCCGGAGCCCCCAGCGCAGCGGCCGCGUUUGAAGGAUGACCUCCAGGAAGAAAGUGUUGCUGAAGGUGAUCAUCCUGGGAGACUCGGGCGUCGGCAAGACGUCGCUCAUGAACCAGUAUGUGAACAAGAAAUUCAGUAAUCAGUACAAAGCCACCAUAGGAGCAGACUUCCUGACCAAGGAGGUGAUGGUGGACGACAGACUAGUGACCAUGCAGAUCUGGGACACGGCCGGUCAGGAGCGGUUCCAGUCCCUCGGCGUGGCCUUCUACCGGGGCGCGGACUGCUGCGUCCUGGUCUUCGACGUGACCGCCCCCAACACCUUCAAGACCCUGGACAGCUGGAGGGACGAGUUCCUCAUCCAGGCCAGUCCCCGCGACCCCGAGAACUUCCCCUUCGUCGUGCUGGGGAACAAGAUCGACCUCGAGAACAGACAAGUGGCCACGAAGAGGGCGCAGGCCUGGUGCUACAGCAAGAACAACAUUCCCUACUUCGAGACCAGCGCCAAGGAGGCCAUCAACGUGGAGCAGGCCUUCCAGACGAUCGCCCGGAACGCGCUGAAGCAGGAAACGGAGGUGGAGCUGUACAACGAAUUCCCAGAACCCAUCAAACUGGACAAGAACGACCGGGCCAAGGCCUCGGCCGAGAGCUGCAGCUGCUGAGGCCGCGCACAGUCCUCCGCCCCGGAGCACAGCAGGCCUUCCACACAGCCCCCUCCUCCAGAGAGCAGCACGGGACGCCACCCGCCGCCAGAGCCACCACACCCUCGAGCACACAGACGCCAGCCUCCGGUCCCCGCCCCAGAGCCCUCGCGGGCAGCAGGACCGGCCGCGGCGCCGGCGCUCUGGGCCGGAGUCGGCUGGGAAGCUUCCUCGUGUCCACUGGAGAGAGAACUGGUCACAGUCGGCCUGUGUCUAAUUGGUUAUCUGGUUUUUUUAAAGGUCUCGUCCCCACGCGGAGGCUCCCUGGGGAAGGCUGGCGCCACGCUUCUCGGCGGGCCGCGGCCCGGCCAGGCUGCGUUUUGUACGUAUCUGUUAACGCUCGUCCCUUUGAACUAACCAGACCUUUUUACGGUGUCCAUUUAUUAUGUGAUGCUUCUUAGAAGAGAAUCUUAUCGUACAUGUUAAUAUAUGCGACCGUUCAGACAAACGUAUAAAUUAGUGUGACAGAUUCCUGGAUUAUGUGUCGAAGCCCCGGGAGCGGGAGGCGCAGCGCUCUGUGCGGCAGACGCCAGGACAGACGGACGCCCUUUCUCAAAGACUCGAGCCCAAACAAGAAGGAAAAAAGAAAAAGAAAAAAAAAAGAGCUUUUCAUCUCUCCAGAGCGAAAACUUGUCCAGGUCCCUUCUGUGUCUAAAUUUUUUCCAAAAAGGUCGAUCUGCGGAACACCGUGUGCAAUAGAUAAACGCCUGUUAUUUCCAAUUAAAUUUUCCACUCUCCUGG